UGGUGAAGAGCACGGCGAGAGCGAUAUUUGCGUUGAUGAGGUUCAACAAAGCGAAGCCUAUCAAGACCGGAAUAAAAGGCUGGGCUAUUUGCUGCCCGUCCGGCUACUGCUUCGUCCAAAGCAUCGACGGCGGGUUCAGCGACAUCAAGGUAAGACCGCAUGCGACUUGCCGCCUUGGACGGUCGGCACGCACAGUCCUGUACGUACUACUCGAGGCGUGCCCGACCUUCUCCGACAAGAUCGUAGGCUCCGGUAUUACCGUGGCGAUGGACAACUUCUUCACGGGAGCCUCCGUUCUGCGAUGCCUCGCUACGCGCGACAUCUUCGCCGUAGGGACUCGACGCGGCAACCGCACCGGAGUGGACCUUGUCAAACAUCUCUGGGACAAGGAGGGCCUCAAGGCGACAGAGCGUGGUGACAUGCUGACGGCCCGCUCCGACGAACUCGUCAUCGUCAAGUGGAUCGACUCCCAGGAGGUCUACCUGAUGUCGACGAAGCAUGUCUUUGAGGACGAGUGGGCACCUCUCGCCUACGAGAGGCGAGCUGCGAACAACAACGGCGACAAGGUGCCGAGCCACCAACCUCUAGCUCGCAAGGAGUAUGUCAAGAACAUAGGUGGCGUGGACGUCGCAGACCAGCGGCUAAGCGCCCACGCUCACACGCACAGGCCUAUGACGUUCUUCUGGGGGCGAGUCUUGGAUCAAAAGUUUGCUCAAGCCGUCAGCAACGCGUGGCUCCUCUUCUUCGAGUGGGCCGGGGUGCUAGCCACGCAGUGUACCGCGGCGUUGGAGGCGGCCACACAAGACGGGGGGGUGGGUGAUGCCGGGGACGCCGGGGAAGCCGGAGAGGGAGGGGCGGUGGCGGGCAGUUGCGACCUCACGGUGGCAGAGCUCCAAGAAUUUCAAUGCCUAGUCGAGCAGGCUGGAGCGUAUUGA